GGUAGAUACGAGCUCAGUUGCAUUUCAGACAUGCUUUUGACCCGCUUAGGAGGGCCACAGAUACAACCAAUUGCGUUUGCAUCAACUCCUGGGCGCUCCGUUGGUCGCGUUUUGCACACGCACCGCAAAACUUCGUGUAGGGCUUCGCAAUCCUCCGGCGCCUCGACCGGCCGGCACGGCUCGCUGUAUGGAUUCUUGGGGCUAAACAGUGAAGCCACCGCGGCGGAGGUCCGGGCGGCGUACCGGGCGUCAGCGCGGAGGCUUCACCCCGACACGAACCCCUCGCCCACAGCACUCGCGGACUUUCAACGGCUCAAGGCGGCGUACGAGGUGCUGUCAGAUGCCGGGCUGCGGCGCCUGUACGACAGCGGCGGGCUGGGCUCGCUGGGGCCGCGGUACGCGGACCUAGCCGCCCUCAUAGCGGCGGCCCAUGACGCCACGACCGGCGCAACGGAGCCGGCGGACGCAGCCGGCAGAGGUCACAGCACUACUAGCAGCAAUAGCAACAGCAGCAAAUCGGGCGCUGCAUGUGGAACGGGCCACGGCGCCGGUGACGCGCGGGGCGCGCGGGGGAGGCGCAGCCAGGGCGGCGUAGGCAGUGCGGGCGGUGCGCCGGGCAGCGGGCGAGCUCGGGCGGCGGCGGCGGCGGCGCCUCGCGGCCGCGAUGUGCACACGGUGUUGGGCAUGUUGCUGAGCGAGGCGGCGCAGGGAGUGGACAAGACGGUGGUGUAUGAGGCCAUGUGCGCGUGCGGGGAGUGCCAGGGGAGCGGCGAGGUGGGCGCCAUUUCCUGCUGCCAGGUGUGUGCCGGCAGCGGGCGUGUGCUGCGGUCCGAGGUGCUGGGUUUUGGCGAGGUGACGGCGGCGUGGGACCCGGUGCGGCUGCCGCGGGCAGUGGGGCGGGGCCCCUGCCCCGCCUGCGCCGGCAGCGGAGUGGUGCCGCGGCCCGUCUGCCCCAGGUGCCGGGGGCGCGGGCGGCGGCGCGGCGCACGCGAGCUGGCGGUGGCGGUGCCGGCGGGGGUGGAGAGCGGCCAGCUGCUGCGGCUGCGGGGCGAGGGGCACGCGGGGCGGCGGGGCGCGCCCGCAGGUGACCUCAUUGUGCAGCUCAUGGUGUACCCGGACCCCAACCUGGCGCGUGUGGGCGACCUGGACCUGCACAGCCACCUGGCGGUGGACGUGUGGGUGGCGCUGCUGGGCGGGGCGGUGGCGGUGGACACGCUGGGGGGCAGCCGCAUGCUGGAGGUGCCGCCGGGCGCUCAGCCUGGCGACGUGCUUUGUAUGGCUGGGGCGGGCGUGGCGCGUGCCGUCGCGCCGGUCGCCGCACCCGCAGCAGCCACAGGUUCCAGGCAGAACCCGGGCCCUGCCUCGGGCCCCAGCUUAGGCGCGGGCGCGGGCGCCGGGGCGCUGGUGCGCGGCGACCACUACUUCACAUUGAGCGUCAACGUGCCGCGUGCCGACUCGCUGUGUGGGCCGUCGCAGGCGCUGCUGAGGCGCCUGGCGUUGAUUGACAGCACAUUACCGCGAGCGGGAGUGAGGGCGGAACGGGUGCGGUCGUCGAGGCGGGGCGUGCAAAGUGAGGAGGAGGGGGUGGAUGGAGGGCCAGGAGGCUCAGGCGAGUCGGGAGCGUCAGGAGGGACGUAGCAGCGCGAGCACUGUACUGGCACCAGAGCGAGAGCGAGCGGGAUCAAGCGAGCGUGCAAGGAUUGGAGUGGGCAGUGAAGAGAAACAUUGAGUAUGGUCUGGGAGGCUUUACUUACCAUCAAGGCACUGAGCAGUGGACAAGUGCUUGCCUGCUUGGUUCAGUUGCUUCGGGCCCCCGGCUCCAUUGGCCUGUGGGGAUCAAUCCAAGCUGUAGGCAGAAAGGCCGGCCAAGGGAACGGUGUUGGGGUUCAACAGCAAGUUUGGUUCGGUGUGCCGGAGGAUGUGCCAGCGGACAUCCUCCGGUGCAUGCGGCAUGCCUUGGCGAGUUGCAAGUGGGUGGGUGUACGGUACAUUACUUCAUGACAGAGCCUCGGGUGCCCCCGGUCGGCUGGAUAUCGACAGUCCGCUGGCUUGCGUGGGCUGUAGACAGACAUCCCUGUCGCUGCAACUUACAACGCUGCAUAAGACUGUCAGUGCGGCUAUAUUAGGCAGGGCAUGGGCCGUGGCCGCGGACUCGCGAGCGAUUCGUGCGUGCUGCUUCACAGAUGGUCUUGGAAACAUCACGGCCAGCGAUCAUUAUCAAACACGUGAC